GUACUUUCUCACGCAAUGAGACAGGUCAGCAGUCCAGGAGGCGGUGAAGAACAAGACACCAUAUGCAUUAGAAGAAAUGCAGCUCCGCGUCCUGCAAGACCUGUGUCGCUCCACUCUUGCCUGGAGACAGUCGCUGCAGCAGGUCACUCAAACCUUGCGUUCUGCAAAAAUUGGCUAUAAAUGGGGACCAUCAUGCACCUUGCUGGCUUCCAAAGAUGAAUGCUCCUACCAACUCAGCUCCGCGGUGAACUCUGCAAUGUUGCUCCGAAAAGUGGGCCUCAUCUCAGCCACAGACCCUGAAGCAAGACCGAGUUGUUCCUGGGACAUCUCCAAAGCUGUACCAUUCAUCCCACGAGUAGUGGCUGAUACUGGCUGA